AUGAACAGCUCGGGUGCCUACGCCCGGAGGGGAAAGUCCUUUCAGAAUUCCAACGCGUCGUGGCUGAACAAAAAGGUCACUCCCUUCCUGCAGCUGCUGCCUCGGUUGACGUCUGUCCAUCCAAUCCCAGUGGUAACCUUUGUGGCCCUCCUGGCGAGCUUUACCUACAUUGUCCUUCUCGAAGACACCCUGAGCAGCGGUGCUGAUGGAUUUGCUGUCAACAGCACGCAGACAGACUGGUCGUCCCUGACACGAGGAAGUCUGCGGCUCCAGGCGGCUCCAGACUCGAAUUGGACGUGGCGUGGCGACGAUUCCGAGCUUCCCUCUCCUGAAAUCAAUCAUCUUGCACUCCUAACCCUCGAUUUCUCUGGUUCCGUUCCUGCGAAUGCGGCAUCCAUCUCCGACAUCCAGAGGGAAAUCGCCGCCUCCGUGACGCCACUACUACCCAGCUCCCAUUCAUCCAUCAUCGACGCGCAGGACACGACGCUGUCUUUCUCUGUUCCGUACCACCAAGCGCCCGGGCUUCUCGCCGCUCUAUGGGAGAUACGAACUGGCAGAAAUAAAAUCACGGGCACAGGAAAUGGCGGGCUUGGGGAGAAAACUUGGGCCAUGAGUGUCGCGGGGUCACAUAACCAGGGCACCGGCCGCAGCACCACUCGCGUCAGUGUUACGGAAUGGGUUCACAACGCUUAUUACGAGUUCAUGGACAUCCUUAAGUCCACCCAGGCCCUCGAUAUUGUUUUCAUGGCUCUCGGGUACAUAUCAAUGAUCCUGACGUUCGCAUCCCUCUUUCUUUCAAUGAGGAGCCUGGGUUCCAAAUGGUCGAUAGCUGCAAGCGUUUUGAUCUCGUCGUUUUUCGCCUUCCUUUUCGGCCUCCUUGUCACCACCAAACUCUUCAACACUCCAAUCACCGUGCGUCUCCUCUCCGAAGGCCUGCCAUUUCUCGUCGUUCUCGUCGGCUUUGAGAAAAACAUCCUGCUCACGCAGUCCGUCCUAUCGCACGCAAUCGAGCAUAAACAGUCUAGAGGACCUUCAAACGAGGCCCAAUAUGCUAUCGAGACUUCCAUAAAAGAGAGAGGGUUCCAGAUCGUACGGGACUACGCUCUAGAAAUCCUAGUGCUGACUGCGGGCGCGUUUUCCAACAUCCAGGGGGGCCUCCAGGAGUUUUGUUUCCUCGCAGGGUGGAUUCUGUGCUUUGACUGCAUUCUUCUCUUCCUCUUCUAUGCUCCGAUUCUCUGCAUCAAGCUGGAAAUAAACCGCAUCAAGCGCCACAUCGACAUCCGAAGUGCUCUCGAGGAUGAUGGAAUCAGUCACCGAGUCGCCGAGAAUGUUGCGCGCAGCAGCGACCCAGGAGCCUUUACCAUCUUUGGACGACAAAUCAGCAGCAUACGAAAUAUUCCCAAUCUCAAGAUUCUCUUGGCAGGAUGUUUUGUACUGGUCAACCUUGCCAACCUGGCUUACAUGGCAUCCAUUGAUGGCACAAGCUCCCUGUUAACCAGCUUGCCUCUGUGGUCCCAUAGUCUGGGCAGCAGCGUCAGCACACACCUAUCUGUUGAUCCUUUCAAGGUUGCUCCUAAUGGGUUAGAUUUCCUCCUGAACGCAGCGAAGUUGAGCGACCAGGGGUUGGCCGUCACUGUGCUGAGGCCUAUAAAGUACGAACUGACGUACAAUUUUGAUCAACCCGGCUCCGGUCAGCCUGGCGCCAAUCUCAGCGGCGUUGAUCUUCACAAUGCUGGCAGAAUCGUGGCCGGUAGUCUACUCAGCAGCCUUGAGGAUCCUGUACUUCACAAGUGGAUUAUAGGCGCGCUCUCCCUCAGUAUCGCUUUCAACGUCUACCUCUUCAACGCUGCAAGAUGGGGCAUCAAGGACGACCCAAUUGCGGACAAUGAGACCUCUCUCGAUGAUGUUGCCCCUCGAGCUGAAAAAACAAGAUCCAGCGAUGAUUUUGCAUCAGCUCUCACUCCUACUGAAACGGAAGACGAAUCGGAGUUGCCCAUGGAGCCUGCAGAGUCCAGUGCUGCAGGGCAAGCACUGCUUACAGCUCCCAAUGAGAAUAUGCAGGCAACGCAACGCACGGAAAAGGAAAUGGUUGAUAUGCAUCGGGCCAAGCGUACACACGAGCUUAGCGAUGACGAGGUCGCGGCGCUGUCGCUGCAGGGGAUGAUCCCGGGCUACGCCCUGGAGAAGACUCUGAACUUCGAUUUCCGCCGCGCAGUCAAAGUCCGCCGAAACAUUAUUUCCCAGACCAAGGUAGCCGCAAACCUCACCUACCUGCUCGAGCAAUCGAAGCUUCCUUACAAAGACUAUGACUGGUCUCAGGUGUUCGGCGCCUGCUGCGAGAAUGUCAUCGGCUACAUGCCGAUACCCCUCGGCGUCGCUGGGCCUCUCAUAAUUGACGGGAAGAGCUACUUCAUCCCCAUGGCGACCACCGAAGGCGUCCUUGUUGCCAGUGCCAGCCGCGGCGCUAAAGCCAUCAAUGCAGGCGGCGGUGCCGUGACGGUGUUGACCUCUGAUGGCAUGACGCGUGGACCAUGUGUGGGCUUCAAAUCUCUCGAGCGUGCCGGUUCAGCGAAAUCUUGGCUCGACUCUGAAGACGGCCAAACGACAAUGAAGAAGGCAUUCAACUCGACGAGUCGGUUUGCCCGCCUCCAGGAGAUGGACUCGGUACUUGCGGGCACAAAUCUCUUUAUUCGCUUCAAAGCAUCAACGGCCGAUGCUAUGGGCAUGAACAUGAUUUCAAAGGGUGUUGAGAAGGCACUCUCUGUGAUGAAGGACACGGCUUUUGAGGAUAUGGAUAUUGUGACGCUUACGGGUAACUACUGCACAGAUAAAAAGGCAUCGGCGAUAAAUUGGAUCCGGGGCCGGGGGAAGAGUGUCGUGGCGGAGGCGGUCAUUCCCAGCGGUGUUAUCAAGGCCGUCCUCAAGACGGAUAUUGACUCAUUGGUAGAUGUUUUUGUCAACAAGAACAUGAUCGGAUCCGCCAUGGCAGGUUCUAUCGGAGGCUUUAACGCACAGGCGGCGAACAUUGUUGCUGCCAUUUUUAUUGCGACGGGCCAAGACCCAGCACAGGUGGUGGAGAGUGCAAACUGCAUUACCAUUAUGAAGAGGUAUUUUGUUUUCAGGUUCAUUUAUCUAGUGGUGGAUCGCCUGUAUACUGACUCGAAUGGACAGAAUGGGCGACUGUCUGCAUAUCUCUGUGUCGAUGCCUUCAAUCGAAGUAGGAACCCUUGGAGGGGGUACAAGUAUUCAUACAAAUAUGACAAUAUCUCUCCCCUACUCUAUUUUAUUUUUAUUUUUGACUGCAAGAGCUCUAACUUUUGUUCCAAUCCAGUCUUAGAGUCCCAGGGUGCCGUCCUCGACCUUCUCGGCGUCCGCGGCCCGCACCACACUCAACCGGGAGCGAAUGCUCGUCACCUGGCUCGCAUCAUCGCCGCAGCCACGCUGGCGGGUGAGUUGUCUCUAUGCAGCGCCUUGGCAGCCGGCCACCUCGUGAGGGCCCAUAUGCAGCACAACCGUUCUGCCGCUCCCACGAGAACAAACACCCCAGCUCCGGCGUCUGGUCUGACCCCCCGAGGCUGA